AGUUGGUUUUCACUUCGCAGUCGCACAGAGAGCAAAGUUCUCUUCGCCGCCAAUUUAAUUUCCACUACUGUCGCCAUCAUCCUCAUCUAACACUAAGAUCUCUCUCCGCGCAAACCCACCAAGCGACGCCGUUUUAGGGUUUUCCUCUUUGCCUUUAAUCGGAUCGGUCUUUGGGUCUCGUUUUCGGGUUCGGAUUCUUUUCUUCUGAACUGUGAAGUGAUGGCCAUAUUGAAGAGCUAUAGCACUCUCUGCCUAAGAGGAACCGCUUUUCCGGUUUCCCCUUCCAAUGUCACCAAUAAUAGAAACUCCAGGAGCUCCUUCUGGAAGCCUACACAAGCAGCUGUGAAACCCAAUUUCCACCUCCCAAUGCGCAGUUUUGAGUUGAAAAAUAGGACUUCUGCAGAGGAUAUUAAGUGUCUGAGAUUGAUAACUGCCAUCAAAACUCCAUACCUGCCUGAUGGUCGAUUUGACCUUGAAGCAUAUGAUGACUUGGUGAAUAUGCAGAUUGGACAAGGAGCUGAAGGCGUUAUUGUUGGUGGGACAACUGGUGAAGGCCAAUUAAUGAGUUGGGAAGAGCACAUAAUGCUUAUUGCACAUACAGUCAACUGUUUUGGUGGGAAAAUUAAGGUUAUUGGAAAUACUGGAAGCAACUCCACCAGGGAAGCAAUUCAUGCUACCGAGCAGGGUUUUGCUGUUGGAAUGCAUGCUGCCCUUCAUAUAAACCCCUAUUAUGGAAAAACCUCUCUGGAUGGUAUGGUUGCUCACUUUCAAAGUGUGCUUUCCAUGGGGCCCACAAUCAUCUAUAAUGUGCCUUCAAGGACUGGUCAGGAUAUUCCUCCGCAUGUAAUUCAAACCUUAGCUGAAAGUGCUUACUUGGCUGGUGUGAAGGAGUGUGUGGGAAAUGAUCGAAUCAAACUGUAUACAGAUAAUGGAAUUGUUGUGUGGAGUGGGAAUGAUGAUCAAUGCCAUGAUGCUAGAUGGGGUUAUGGGGCUACUGGAGUGGUAUCUGUUGCAAGCAACCUGGUUCCUGGUUUGAUGCGAGACCUCAUGUUUGGAGGCAAAAACCCUACACUAAAUUCUAAGCUCUUGCCUUUGAUUGACUGGCUUUUCCACAUGCCAAACCCCAUUGGUUUGAACACCGCACUCGCCCAACUUGGGGUUGUAAGGCCCGUUUUUAGGCUACCUUUUGUACCUCUCCCUGUAGAGAAAAGGAUAGAAUUUGCCAAUUUGGUGAAGGAAAUCGGUCGAGAGCAUUUUGUUGGAAAUAAAGAUGUUGAGGUUCUUGAUGAUGACGAUUUUUUCUUGGUUAGUCGUUAUUAAUUUAAGUUGUAGGCUCAUUGUAUCCUUUCUAGGAUUUUUGCCAAACUUAAAAACCAGAUGACUCUGUUGUAGUGAUCAUCUUGUUUCUUUUGACUGGGUACUUUGUAGUUGGAAACUGGUUCAAGUUUGUUCGGAAUUUUCAAUGCUACUGAAUGUUGUAUUAACCUUGUUUCAAUCCUGGCAAACAUCCUUUUAC